CCCAUCAUUUUUCCAAAACUCUCGUUUCCGGCUCCAACCCCACACCAAUCUCCGCCGUCGCCGCCGCCAUGUCCGACGCCCCUUUGCGCCACUUCCCACGGCAGGAGCUCCACCUAGGUGGCCCCCGCCCGCCGCCGCUAAGCUUAAGUAAACAAUCCCGCAAGAUAAGCAAACAAAAGGCUGCGCCACCGCCGCCGCCAGCAGCAGCCGCAGAACCUAAAUCUCACCGCCGCCACCCUCCGCCGCCGCCCGUCAUAAUCUACACCGUCUCUCCCAAGAAAAUCCACGUCGACCCUAGCGAGUUCAUGACCAUCGUCCAACGUUUGACCGGGAACACUCCGCCGCCGCCGUCAUCUUCGGCUUUACGAGAAAAUGGCGGCGGAGUGUUCCCGGCGGCGCAGCCUGUUUCAAAUACGCAGUUUUCUGACGGCUGCGUUGAAACGUCACAAAAUUUAUUGUGGAAUGCAACCGAUAACACUCAUUUGAUGAAUACCGGUUUGCAUGGAAACAUAAAUCAGAAUAAUUUGCUGGAGAAUAAUUUGAUGAUGAACAUGCCUUCUUCAAGUGGUUUCGACGCUUUCAAUUAUUUGUUUGACAUUUAAUUAAUGAUUAAUGAUAAAUAUAGUACUGUAAAAAAUGUCAAACGAAACUUUUAGGAGCUGUUUCAAAUUUUAGUCAAUUCUUUUUUAUUAUUAAUCUAAUUUUAUUUUUGCUUAA